CUCUCUUAUCUCUUACGGUUUUCAGUUUCAGGCUGUGUCUUCUCUUGUUUUUUGCAAAUUCGCAACCAACACAGCAAGGGAAGGUGCGAGUGAGUGAGUAUGGCGUCUCCAUUAUCAGCUCAAUUGGUUCAAUGUCAGAACUCACUUCCACCUCUUCAGGGUAAUUUUAGCCAAGAUGUGUCUAAGGUUCAAAGGUCGCGUGUGGUAUGUUACGGUACCAGAUCACCGCUUGGUUAUUAUGGUAAAGCAUUGACAUCAAGAUCACAUAACGCCCUGAGGUUUUCUGUCACGCGACAAUCUGAAGCACGGUCAAUUGGAUAUAGGAGAAUGACAUGUGUCAAUGCUGCAGACAAUGUUGUAGAGCUUCAAGCCAAGGUGACAACCAAGUGUUUCUUUGAUGUAGAAGUUGGGGGUGAACCUGUGGGCAGGAUUGUUUUGGGCCUAUUUGGAGAGGUUGUUCCUAAAACCGUUGAAAAUUUCCGUGCUUUGUGCACAGGUGAGAAAGGAUAUGGUUACAAAGGAAGCUCCUUCCAUCGUAUAAUCAAAGAUUUCAUGAUUCAGGGAGGAGACUUUACAGAAGGAAAUGGAACUGGUGGAAUUAGUAUCUAUGGUCCUAGUUUUAAAGAUGAGAGUUUUGCCUUAAAGCAUGUCGGUCCUGGAGUUCUGAGCAUGGCAAAUGCUGGUCCUAAUACUAAUGGGAGUCAAUUUUUCAUUUGCACUGUAAAGACUCCAUGGCUAGACAAUCGUCACGUUGUAUUUGGACAUAUCAUUGAUGGAAUGGAUGUUGUGAAGACACUUGAAUCCCAGGAGACGAGUAGGUUAGAUGUCCCUCGAAAGCCUUGCAGAAUUGUUAAUUGCGGAGAACUGCCUAUAGAGGGUUGAUCUUUACGUGGAAGUACAACACUUUUCUUCUGAUUUUCAGUUCAGUUUCCAAUGUUCUGAUUGUCCCUUAUUAAUCAUGUUAAUGUGUCUGGAUUAUCAUUAGUGGCUGCCAAAUUGGUUGAUUUCCGGAGACAGAGUGGAGAUACCACAUCCAUAUUUUGUAUGACUAGACUCAUGCUUAAUUCUUAUAACAAUAGUAUUCUCUUUUCCAUUUCUUAA